AUGGGAGAGGAAGUUAAGAAGGUGGAGGAGGUCAAGGUGAACGAUGAGACGAAGGAAGAAGCACCAGCAGCCGCACUGGAAGCAGAGAAGCAGGAAGCGGCAGCUGCACCAGGAGGUGACGAGAACAAGGAGGAGGCUGCCAGUAACGAGCCCCCGCCGCUGCCACCCCCUGUCAUCCUCGGCAUCGACCUUCACUGCACCGGUUGCUCCAAUAAGAUCUCGGGAUGCAUCCUCAGAUGCAAAGGAGUGGAAGGCGUGGAGGUGGACAUGGCGAAGAACCUGGUCACAGUAAAGGGGAUUGUAAAUCCAUAUGACAUCUGUGAUCGCCUCCGCAAGAGGACCAUGUGGAAUGCCAUAGUUAUAUCCCCACCACCGCCUCCUCCUCCUACGGAGGCAGAUGUAGCCGGUUCACCCAAGGAGGAGCCGGUCAUCGUCCAUUCACAAGUGAAUGAGGUGACGACAGUGGAGCUCCUCAUCAACAUGCAUUGUGAAGCAUGCGCACAACAACUGCAUAAGAAGAUACUCAAGAUGAGAGGUGUCCAGAGCGUUGAAGCUAACCAUGACACAGGCAAGCUCAACGUUACCGGAACCAUGUCCACUGAUAGUCUCAUUCAGUACAUACAUCGCCGCACCGGCAAACUCGCCACUGUCGCACCCCUGCCCCUACCUUUGGAGCCCGCAAAGGAGGAAGAGUUAAAGGAGGAUGGCAUCAAUAAGCUAAUGGAAUCACAGGAGAUUCAGGAGAAACCACCCAUAGAAGACUCUGAAGAUAAAAAUGACACUGGCGGAGGAAAUAAGGAAGAAGAGACUGCAAAGUCAGAGAUAAGUGUUGGUAGAGAUGACAAGAAGCCGAAGACAGAGGUGGUGCCCAUGGAUGGAUUUGCGGACGAAGAAAUGAUAAAGCCGAUGAUGUACUGGACUAACCCGUACAAAUACUACUACAACCUACAGGAAGAGAAGGCAGAUGGGGAGGCGGUAAUGGCUAGGAUGAUGGCCAUAGUGCACCCAUAUCCCAAGCCCAUGAUGCCGUGCAUGACUCCGGUUCCACCUCCCCCACCAUCGCCCAUGCCAUUGGCACCUCCGAUGUAUCACUACUACAAUUACGACAUGGUGGAGCUACAACUACCGACGCCACAGUACUUUAGUGCUGAGAACCCCAAUGCAUGUGUCAUCUCAUAG